UGGGCGGGCGGAACUGGCCGGGCAGCGGGGGCGGGGCCCGGGCCAGGUAGGGCUGCCCCGCGGCGAGCUCCAGCGACGGGAUGAAGCGCUGCCGCCUCUGCACUUUCGACGCGGACCGCGGGCCCUCGCGGCUCAUGCGCGUGGGCCUCGCGCUCAUCCUGGUGGGCCACGUGAACCUGCUGCUGGGGGCCGUGCUGCACGGCACCGUCCUGCGGCACGUGGCCAAUCCCCGCGGCGCCGUCACCCCGGAGUACACCACCGCCAAUAUCAUCUCCGUGGGCUCCGGGCUGCUGAGUGUUUCCCUGGGACUUGUGGCCCUCUUGGCAUCCAGGAACCUUCUUCGCCCACCACUGCACUGGGCCCUACUGGCACUAGCUCUGGUGAACCUUCUCUUGUCUGCGGCCUGCUCCCUGGGGCUCCUCCUCGCUGUGUCACUGACUAUAGCCAAUGGCGGCCGGCGUCUUAUUGCUGACUGCCACCCAGGACUGCUGGAUCCUUUGCUACCCCUGGACGAGGGGCAUGGACACGCUGACUGCCCCUUUGACCCCACCAGAAUCUAUGAUACAGCCUUGGCUCUUUGGAUCCCAUCUUUGCUCAUGUCUGCAGCGGAGGCUGCUCUGUCUGGCUACUGCUGUGUGGCUGCGCUCACCCUGCGUGGGGUUGGGCCCUGUAGGAGGGCAGGGCUACAGGAACAGCUGGAGGAAAUGACAGAGCUUGAACUUCCCAAAUGCAAAAGGCAGGAAAAUGAGCAGUUACUGGAUCAAACUCAUGAAAUCCGGACGUCACAGAAAAGCUGGGUUUAGGGACAGCAGGUGCUGAUCCGGAGGCUCAGUUCACAAGGGUUUUCCACUGACCCCUAGGAUCUGAUUCUAUAGUAAUAAUACUUGUAAUAAAAGAACUUCUUUUCUA